AUGAAAUUUACAUUUAAUCGGUAAUAAAAUAGAAAUAUAGCUUAUAUUAUAUAAUUUUGAUAGUAACAAAUUAUAUUUAAUUAAGAGUUUAAAAUUCUUUUUUCAUAUAUUUUGAUUUUAUCUUAUUUUCAAAUUCUAAGUUGAAAAAUUAGUUUUAACGCUUUCGUGCGAUUAGAUUUAUAUGUUCAUACGUGAGGUUAUAAGAAUCAAUAGGAGAGCUGCCUUUGCAAUUUGAGGUCAACUGUAGGACAGUGUCAUUCUACUGCGAAUACUUCAAGAGGAUUCUCAUACAUUGUAGGUGAGGAUAUUUUCUUUAAUUUUGCAGUAUAUGUAAGAAAUCGCAUCUGCAAGAAUUUCUAUAUAAAACAUCAAGAUUUUAUAUAUACAUUUUCUGCAGUGUUUUGUUUCUUAAAUUUCUAUAAAAAUGAUUUUAAUACGUGCCGCGUGCAUUCAGUGCCGAAGUUUCACUAUAAGGUCAUUAUAUGCAAUAGUUCGACUACAUUAUAAUUAAUUUUGAAGUAUGUUAUAUUUUUUUUGAAAUAAAAGAAGUGUUAACUUAAUUUUAAGAGUUUCAGAUUUCUUCCAGCGACCUUGACAAGGUCAAACCAAUUAUUUCCAAGUUUCCAACUUGUCUGCUAGUGAUCUUAAUUUCACAAAUAUUUUGUAAAAAACACUUAAGAUACAUAAAUUUAAAUAUAAUUUAAUGUUAAUGUUAAAAGGAAGUCGAUUUAUAUUUAAAAUUAUUAAUAACUGACGUGUAAUUUGAAGGUUGGAAUAUACAACUUUCUUAACUUUCUAAAUCAUUUGUAUUUAAUAAUUUUUCUACAUUUAAGAUUAGUACAUGUUUUCUUUAUUGUUAUAUACUUCCAUUUCAGGCUUUUAAUCAGGAAAUACAGUACUAAUUAUAGUGAAAAAAUGCCAAUCAAAAGUAUUAAGGCUCGUCAAAUUUUUGAUUCUCGUGGUAACCCUACUGUAGAGGUUGAUCUUACCACAGAUGAUGGGUUGUUUAGAGCUGAAGUACCAUCAGGUGCUUCCACUGGUGUUCACGAAGCUUUAGAACUUCGAGAUAAUGAUAAAUCUAAAUAUCAUGGAAAGUCUGUUUUCAAAGCUGUAGAAAAUAUCAAUAGUAUUGUUACACCUGAAUUGUUAAAGUCAAAUUUGGAAGUCACGCAACAAAUUGAUAUUGAUAACCUUCUUUUGAAACUUGAUGGUACACCAAAUAAGUCAAAACUUGGUGCAAAUGCACUUCUUGGUGUUUCUUUGGCAGUUUGUAAAGCAGGAGCUGCUAAAAAAGGGACUUCUUUAUAUAAAUAUAUUGCGGAAUUGGCGGGAAAUUCCGAUAUUAUUUUACCAGUUCCAGCUUUCAAUGUUAUUAAUGGAGGUUCACAUGCUGGAAACAAAUUGGCAAUGCAGGAGUUUAUGAUUUUACCCACGGGUGCUGCCAAUUUCACUGAAGCUAUGAAAAUGGGUACUGAAGUAUACCAUCAUUUGAAAGCUGGUAUCAAAAAGAAAUUUGGUCUUGAUGCUACUGCCGUUGGUGAUGAAGGUGGUUUUGCUCCAAAUAUUCUCGAGAAUAAAGAAGCUUUAAAUUUGAUUAUAGAUGCUAUUAAAGUUGCUGGAUAUGAAGGAAAAAUCAAGAUUGGUAUGGAUGUUGCUGCAUCUGAAUUUUAUAAGAAUGGAAAAUAUGAUUUAGAUUUUAAGAAUGAAAAAUCUGAUCCAAGCACAUAUUUGGAGUCGCAAGCUUUGAAAAACUUAUAUUUAGAAUUUGUUAAGGAAUUUCCAAUUGUAUCGAUUGAAGAUCCGUUUGAUCAAGAUGACUGGGAUUCAUGGACCUCUUUGACAUCUUCUACUCCUAUUCAAAUUGUGGGUGAUGAUCUCACUGUCACAAAUCCUGAAAGAAUUAAAACAGCUAUUGAGAAGAAAGCUUGCAACUGUUUGUUAUUAAAAGUUAAUCAAAUAGGCACUGUCACCGAAUCAAUUAAUGCUCAUAAACUUGCUAAAAGCGCUGGAUGGGGUACUAUGGUUUCUCAUCGUUCUGGAGAAACAGAAGAUACAUUUAUAGCUGAUUUAGUUGUUGGUCUGUCUACUGGUCAAAUUAAAACAGGUGCACCUUGCCGUUCGGAACGUUUGGCAAAGUAUAAUCAGAUUCUUCGUAUUGAAGAAGAAUUGGGUGCGGCUGCCAAAUAUGCAGGAGAGAAAUUCCGUAAUCCUCAUGCUUAAAAUAUAUUAUAUUUUAUUAACAUAAAGUUCUAGUUGUUACAUUUAUAAAAUAAAUUGAACAAUAUACAACGUAUAUUUUGGUGACCUUCAAAUUGUAUUAAUGAAAUAGUAUUGAAAACUAUUAUUGUUGCUAAUACUAUAGAAAAAGUUUAGAGUUUCUGCUAAAAAAAGAAAUAAAUCUAAAAAUUAAUAUGUAGAUAUUUAUUAUUUAAUUAUCAUUUUAAGAAUUAUGUACUGAUGUAUUAAAUGAAAUAAAAUUACUAGUUUAAUAAUUUAUUUGGAAAACUUCAAUUUGUUCAGGGAUGGAUGUGUAUAUUAACAUUUUAAUUUACCUUUCAUAUAUAUUAUAAACAUAAUAUUUUGAUCUUAUUUCAUAGUUCGUUAAUUUAGAUUAGAUUUCAUAAUAAAAUUCAUAAUAAAAUCAUAGAUUAGAUUUCAUAAAACUAUAAAAAAAGAAUGGAGAGUGUUAUUUGUCAAUUAGAAGCACAAAUUAAAUGAAAUACUAUAUAUAAUAAUGAUAGAGAUGAAGUUUAAUCCUGGUUUCGUUAACUACAAAAUUUAUAUUUAUUUAAAUAAAGUCAUUAAAAAAUGCUGUAAAUGUUUAA